GUUGCGCAAACCGCAAACACCGCCGAGGGCUCAAUGUCACGGAGGAUUUUUACCAAACUGGAAGAGAUAAGCCGCUUUUAAAUCACUGAUAUCGAUAGAUUUGGAUGCAAAUCGGAUAUUCUUCAGUAAGGCAAUGACCUCUUGAAGAGGUCCCUCAGUGUUCCUCCCUCUUACUCCUCUGAAGUUGCAGUUCCACAGGUCCACCAUGUCCACCCAGAUGUGUACAGUGGUAAAGCUGCUUAUGCGCUCUGGUUGUUGCCAUACCAUCAGAAGAAAAUCCUCUUUGCACGAGGCAGUGUUGGUCCCCGUGGGUCCCUCUAAACUCUGUGUCCCUGGGGCUCCUGUGCUUCAUAGAAGGGCCUACAGCUUCGACUCUUUCUCUUUGGUCCCUGGUCGACCCACACUUGGCUCAAACUCCCAACAGUCACAAGGAGAAAAGACAUCUCCCUCCUCAGCACUCACACACAGGAACCUGUCUGCAGUGGCUUUACAGGGCCAGUAUCGUCCUCUGUCUCAGUAUGACAUCCUGGAUCCUGGGAGUGACGAAGCAAAUUUAUGCCUUGUUCAGGCCUGUAGAUCAAAGCGACACUUCAUAGUGGACCCAGACCUGGCUCAACGGGUAGCAGAGCUUGUGGUUCCUGAAGAUGUUAAAACUGUUGUCUUCGAUUGUAACCCAGGUCCAGGGGUGUUGACCAGGAAACUUCUUAAAGCUGGAGCUCAGAGAGUUGUGGUUCUUGAAGGGGAUAGGGCCUUCCUACCUGACCUACAGUACUUGGAAGCUAAACUCGAUGGUCAGCUGGAAACGGUUCACUGUGACUACUUCAGACUAGACCCCAUUGGCAGUGGAAUCGUGAAACCCCCGGGCAUGUUUAGUGACAAACUGUUCACUAACCUGGGAAUAUCAGAGACUAGCUGGACUGAUGACAUCCCAGUGAAGGUGGUGGGUAUCCUGCCCGCGCGCAAUGAGCGUAGCCUGCUACUGAAGAUGGUAUAUGCUUUGUUUGAAAGGCUGUCAGUCUACAGAUAUGGAAGAAUAGAGCUCAACUUCUUCAUGAGCGAGAAGGAAUACAUGAAACUGGUUGCACCACCAGGUGACAUGGUAACCUACAGAGCCUUCGGUGUCUUCUGGCAGAUUGCCUGCGAUAUCGAACUGCUGCACAAGGAACCCUUGGAGUCGUUUGUGAAUUCUUCAAAACAGCGUGGACAUCCUUCUAAGGGGAAGGUUGCCAACAACUACAUGUACCUUGUGCGUCUGUCUCCACGGGCUGAUCUAUUCUCUACAGGCCUCACUCCUACUAAUGCUUUAACUCUGCUGGUGAUGAUCAAACAGUGUCUAGCAAAGAGGAAGGCCAGGCUUUCUGACCUGCUCAAUCGGUGGUCUCCAGGCAGUGGCGGAAAGCUGUUGUUGGAGAUGGGUAUGGAUGAGGACAUACGGACAGGCCAAGUAUAUCCAGAGGAGUAUCUUAACCUCUUUCUGCUGAUGGACAAGAGUCAGGAGUUCACACAGAGCUGGCUUUAUGACGAGAUUCUGGAGAACCCACUGAGGCAGGGCUGGGUCUAAAAUAUAGACCUACAGGUUAUGUGUACAGUUUUGUAGAAAUUAAAUUCAAAAACAGACAUGCAUAAUUAAAUCAUAAUUUAAUUUAACUCAGAAUAAUAUAAUGUGUGAUGAAGUAAUAUGGGGGACACAGAAAAUACAUGCAUACAUACAUGCAGACACAAAAAAAGCAAUAAAAAAUUCUCAUGAAAUGAACGCAGAAGAAUAACUUCAUCUGGCAUUUUUGUUACCUGACAUACUACACUUUUGUAGGAAGUCAAUGCAGUGAUGAAGUUUGUGACUUGCUGUAAGUUGGGGUGAUAUAGCCAUUAGUUCAUAUGCCCCCCUAUGUUUUGCUGAGCUGGGAGUCUUAUGAGGUGAAAUGUAAGACAAAAACUUAGUAGCAUAAAUGAUUCUUUUUUGGGGGGUCUUCGUUGAGAUUUGUUUCUUUUCCAGUGGGAUAAAAAAAUGGUUUCUGCCCUGAAAAGAUUUAAAAUUGUUGCAAAAUAAAGGUCAUAUGAUUAUCCUGGGAAAGAAAAUUCCCUGUAUGAAGAUGAGCAGCAUGUCCAAGGUGGAUGGAAAAAAAAGCGUCAUGGAUGCACCAGGUCAUGCAAAUGAUUUUGUAACUCAGAAAUGUUCACGUAUUCAAAUGAUUGAUAAAACUGCAGUUUUGCUGAUGCAGCAUUCUGUGACAGCGGACAACACCACCUUGUAUGUAUCCUGUAUUGCGUAAUUUUUCCAGAGUGUCAGUGCAAGAUCAUUUUUGAUUGUAUAGUGUUAAGUCUGAUAUUUUUAUACAUUCAUUGUGUGUGCAUAAGCUUUACUGAAAUAUGUCAAAAACUGUGUAAUCUGCAUAUGUGAAAUGAUUUGUGAAGAAAUAAUUAAAUCCGAAUUUCAUAUGUGGUGUGUGUGUGUGUGUGUGUGAGAGAGAGAGAGAGAGAGUGAGUGUGUGUGUGUGUGAGAGAGAGAGAGAGAGAAAGAGAGUUGGGAGGGUGAGGGGGAUAUACUACCACGACACAUCAAUACACAUAUGUGUGUUUUGCUAAAAAAAAUUUAUCAAAAGUUUUGAUAAAAUUCAGUAGCUAAUGAUUUAUGAUUUUUUAGGAUUUCAUCAUAAAAAGGUGUGUCUUCGAAACUCAGAAAGGUCUUAACUACUGAAUAGUUGUGGUGUCAGUGUGUGGAAAUAAAAGUUUUUACCUUAUAUCAGACAGCUCAACAACAUUAAACACUGCUUUAAGCCAAAUGCAAA